GCAGUGAGCGGCUGGAAACACAGAGCUCGGGGAUCGCUGGCCGCUCACUCAGUGCGAGGAGAUACCGCGAUCACAUCCAUAGCAGAACCGUUCAAUAGCUAUCCAUCUCUGAACUGAUCAGAACAGGAGUUUACUUUGUCUACCAAGCCCAGUGUAGUCAAGGAAUGUCAACAGCUACCUUAGUUACUUUUAUACGACAUGGAGGGUCCCAGGUGAGAAGAGGAGUUUUGCUGUCGACUUGCGUUCUGCAAGGUAACCCGCGCAUUACUCCAGCCAAGCAGUGCUCUACCACCAACCGUAGAUCUUUUUCAUCAAGGUUUGACCCAGACGGAAGUGGCAGGCCUGCUACCUGGGACUCUUUUGGGAUUUGGGACAAUCGCAUUGAUGAGCCUAUUCAGCUCCCAACCAGUAUAAAGUAUGGCAAGUUGAUUCCACAAAUUAACCUCUCCAGAGUUGGUUGUUCCACUCAGUUGGGAAAGAGGAGGGAAAAUGAGGACCGAUUCAAUUUUGCUCGACUCACAGAGGAUGUCUUAUACUUUGCUGUAUAUGAUGGACAUGGUGGGGCUGCUGCCGCUGAUUUCUGUGACCGGUUUAUGGAGAAGUACAUUAAAGACUUCCUCACACAUGAGAAAGAUAUGGAAAAGGUGCUAACUCAAGCUUUCCUAGAAAUAGACAAGGCGUUUUCCAGACAUGCUCACCUCUCUGUUGAUGCAUCGCUUAUGAACUGUGGGGCCACUGCAACAGUGGCCUUGUUACGUGAUGGCAUUGAGUUAGUUGUAGCAAGUGUUGGUGAUAGCCGAGCGUUGUUAUGUCGGAAAGGAAAACCUGUGAAGCUUACUAUUGACCAUACACCUGACCGAAAGGAAGAAAAACAAAGGAUCAGGGAAAGUGGUGGCUUUAUUGCGUGGAAUAGCUUGGGACAGCCCCAUGUGAACGGCAGGCUUGCAAUGACACGCAGCAUCGGAGACUUGGAUCUCAAAUCAAAGGGUGUUAUUGCUGAUCCGGAAACAAAGCGGGUGAAGUUGCAUCAUGCGAAUGAUGGAUUUUUAGUAUUAACAACUGAUGGCAUCAACUUCAUCGUCAACAGUCAGGAGAUCUGUGACAUCAUUAAUCAGUGCCAUGAUCCUAUUGAAGCUGCCCAAGUGCUUGCUGAACAGGCUAUUCAGUUUGGAGCAGAAGAUAACAGCACAGCUAUUGUUGUCCCGUUUGGCGCCUGGGGAAAGCACAAGAACUCUGAAGUCAGUUUUUCAUUCAGUCGAAGCUUUGCAUCAAGUGGACGGUGGGCAUGAUGACGUUUUCUCCAUCACGGUCAUUCCUGACAAUCUGUCUGUACAGCACAUUUACCUGCCUCUUAAACUGCACUAUGUACAUAGUUUUCUUCAUCACUUUUGUGAACUUUUACCUGAUUCGUUGUCUGGAGUUUUGACCCCUGUACAUUGAAGGAAAAGUGGACUAGUAGGUGCAGGUGUUGUUAAUACUUUGAUAUCUUCAUUAGAUGGGAAUACAUUUGUAUAGAAACUUUAACGUUACAAAGUUUGUUUUGUUGAUGCGCAGACUGCUUCUCUUUUAAGUGUCAGUGAAAACCGUUUAAAAAGUUCCCAAUGUCAAUCUUGUGAACAGUAUGGCUUUAUUGCUAAUUUUGCACUAAUUGUAAACACUCUGUUGGCUUUACCCUAUGCUUUAUGCAAGUAUUUGGUGUUUUGUAUUAAUUUGUGUGGCUCUAUGAUUUGUGUCAAACAUUUUAGGUUUCGUGGCCUAUUAGUAUGUAAAGGCAUGACUUGGGUGUAUUUACAUGUUUAGAAAUGUGCAUUUUGUAUAGAGAAUGUGAAGGGACAAUCAUUUAAGUGGGAUAUUGGUUUGGAAAAAAUUCUCUUGUGAACUCAUUUGUAAAUGUGUGGCUCAAUUAAAUGUAAGAAAACAAACACUAGGUUGUGAAAAUCAAGGCUUUCUUGACUUAACAAGCAAACUGUUUUGUCUACCUAGCGUGCUUAAUAACAAUUGCCUCACUAAAUGUUAUCAAUAAAACCAUCCUUCUGUUUUUAUAUAUGAGAAAACAAACCAUGUGUGGAGUCCUGAAAAUCUCCAAAGCUACUGAUGGGAAAAAGGUUAAAUGCUUGCUUUUAAAACUGCGAAGGAAACGGUAAAACUACUGAAGUUUCAGAGAUGUACAGUGGUCAAGAAGGUUUCUAAUGGCACCAUCACAAUAAAAAUCAAAUGCUG